UGCUUUUCCUCUUCACACUGAUCAUAGAAACUCAGCAACUCCAGCUGAGAAGAAAAAUUUCCAGAAUGAGUUUUCUCGGGUUUGCGCUUCUAAUAAUCGAUUUCCUAACUUGGCCUGUGCUUGCUCUGGGAUAUCCUCUAUGUGCUUCAAUCCGAGCGAUAGAGACUGGCUCCGAGUAUCACAUGAGGAAGCUAGUUACAUAUUGGACCAUCUUUUCCUUUAUUUCUCUGUUCGAGCUCGCAUUUGAGAAACUUAUCGAAUGGAUUCCUCUGUGGCCAUAUAUAAAAUUAAGUACCAUAUGUUGGUUGGUAAUACCUCAGUUCAACGGAGCGUGUUAUUUUUAUCAAAAUCUUAUUCAUCCAUGUUUGCUGGUGAAACUGGAUGGCGUUAUCACUCAGUUGUAUGGUGCUUGUUAUGUUUACCAACGCCUUCUAUAUUCGUGCUUGUCUGUCAACCUUCAAAUUGUCACUGACUGGUUUAACAAGCCAAUGGAGGAUUUAUCUCUCAAGAAUGAAAUAUUUCUGGCUGUGGCAGAGAGGUAUCUUGAAGAAAAUGGAUCUGAUGCUCUGGUGAAACUUAUUGCAAACAAGUCCAAGGAUUAUAGAUUGAAUCAUCAUGCGGAAGAGAUAAAAACUACUGAUGCUAGUGAUGAAGCAGGAAUGCUUACACCCAACCAGGUUAAAAGCGUGAGGGAAAAUCUAAUUUGGAUUGAGAAGAAAACGACAGGAAAACAGGUCAAGGAAACAGCAGUUCCAACAACGCAAUCAAAUCAGCUUAAGCAGGAGCAAGCAAAACAUGCACCUUCAGCACAAUCAGAGCACUGUACUAAUGAAGACUUGAAAGAAAAAGUCCACCUAUCAGAUCUUAACGGGAGGGAUUACUCGGUCAAACUUCAAAAACCAUUGAGUUCUACAGCUGUGGCGGAAAGUUACCUUGAAAAGAAUGAAUCUGAUGCUCCAGAGAAACUUAUUGCAGAGAAGUCCAAGGAUCAUAGUUUGAAUCAUCAUGCUGAAGAGAUCAAGACUACUGACACUAGUCCUAAAGCAGGAAUGCUCACCCCCAGCCAGACAGUGUGCGAAGUGGGUGGUCCUGUUAGUGAAGAUAUCAAAGCUAUGGAAUGGAUGGCAAAACAUGAAGCAGAUGAGCCCAAACAGGUUAAACGCGUGAAGGAAAAUCUAAUUUGGAUUGAGAAGAAAAUAACAGGUAUACAGGUCAAUGAAACGGCGCUUCCUGUACAAGAAAAGGACGGUACUAACGAAAAACUUAAAGAAAAGGUCCAACAAGGAGUUACUGGACAAGAUGAAAAGCCGAAGCAAGUGAUGAAUACUGGUGGUGCUACCCAUAAUUCUAAGCUAUGGUGUAGUUUUUGUAACGUUAGGUGCUCUGGCGAGAUUGAUAUGGCUGCACAUCUUAAGGGGAGGAGGCAUUUGGCAAACACACAUGGGGGAGCUUCGUUCUAUUAUCGAUACUGAACAUUUAGUUGUUUAAUCACUGAGAAGGAAAAAGAGGAAAAGUUUGUGUCAAAAGGUGAGAUAUCAUUUUGUGUAUAUUCAGUUGGCAUCAGAGUUUCUAAUUUUUUGCUAGGCCUUUUGUUUCUUCAUUUCUGUUUUAUAUAAUUGUCUGUUCUGCUAAUUUUACCAGCUAUGGAGAUUUUGCCGCAUGGUUAGAUUGACUUUA